CCUUCGGCUUCAACUGAUUACUCCCACAUUCAGAAAGUCAAAGAUCUGGUGCGUGCAAAUCGUCGAUUGACUGUCAGAUAAAUUGCAGAAAAUAUUAGCACCUCAAUUGGGUCAUGCCAUGAAAUUUUGACUGGAAAAUUGAACAUGCAUAUUAUAGUGGCAGUAAAAUUUGUUUCUAGUUUGAUUUUUUGGCAACUCCUUGAACGAUGAAACAUUCAUUCGAGGAUCAUAAUGGGAGAGAAAGCUGGAUUGACGGCUACGACAUUAAGACAAAAGUUAAAACAUCACAAUGGAUUGACGAAGGUUCUCCAUGUCCUAGGAAGUCAGUGUCGAUGCAAUGUCAAAGUGAUGUUUUUUUGUGUGACUUCAAUGGAAUUGUGCAUUUUAAAUUCUUGCCUUAUGGGGCUGGACCAGCUCAACUCUACGGCUCACCUGAGGCCGUUAAACUCGGAGAUUACGGCUCCCAGAAUAGAUAGUUAUCGUUUUUCUAUGGCGAACCUGGAGGACUCCCAGGAUGUGGACCUCGACGCCAUUCUCGGAGAACUGUGUGCCCUCGAAACCGUCUGCGAUAGAGAAAUUGGCCAUGCUAGAGACAGCAAACGACUUUCAGAUGUCCAAAAGAUGUCACAGCAUGAAUCCCGAACACACAGCAGAUCCUCCUCGGAAGCCUCAAGACUAAAAUUAGAUCCGGAGGAUAAUUUGAUGUUAAAAAGCGAUUCAGUUCGAACAGAAUCCCCCGACAAUGACUCCGCUUUCAGCGAUACCGUCUCCAUGCUUUCCAGCGAAUCGUCCGCCAGUAGUGGGGGAAGCAGUGCAAAACCUCAAAUUCUACAUCUCCAAAAUUUGCAACAGGAUGACGCAUCUAGACUUAAAGCCGAAAAAAUCAGAAUGGCAAUGGAGAAAAUCAAAGAAGCCAAUAUACAGAAGCUGUUUUUGAAAGUUUUCACCACUGAUGGUUCAGCUAAGUCUCUACUGGUUGAUGAAAAAAUGUUGUGUUCUUAUGUUACAAGACUGUUGGCAGAUAAAAAUCAUGUGCAAAUGGAUCCAAAAUGGGCUAUUGUAGAACAUUUACCUGAUUUAUACAUGGAACGCUUCUAUGAAGACCAUGAGUUACUGGUAGACAAUUUGUUGUUGUGGACAAGAGAUUCAAAAAAUAAAAUAUACUUUGUGGAGAGAGAAGACAAAAUAAAGUUAUUUUUGCAACCAGAGAAAUUUUUACUCUCAGUCACAGACAAGAAAGAGAAUAAUGAUUUCGAUGAACAUUCAAGAAAUAUGCUCUUAGAAGAUUUCUUCUCUACAACUAGUUUACCAGAAGUGGAGGGACCAUUGUAUCUUAAAGCAGAUUCUAAAAAAGGAUGGAAGAAAUAUCAUUUCGUUCUUAGAGCUUCAGGACUGUACUAUUUUCCUAAGGAUAAAGUAAAAUCUGCGAAAGAUUUAAUAUGUUUGGCCACUUUUGAUAAUAAUCAGAUUUAUUAUGGUCUGGGAUGGAAGAAGAAGUAUAAAGCACCCACAGACUUUUGCUUUGCAAUAAAGCACCCACGACUGCAAGAACCAAAGUCCACAAAGUAUAUUAAGUACUUGUGUGCAGAGGAUCACAAUUCUUUAGAAAGGUGGAUGGUAGGAAUGAGAGUAGCAAAAUUUGGCAAGCAGUUAAUGGACAAUUAUAGAAGUCUUAUGGAUGAAUUAGCUCAAGAAGAUCUGGAUAUUUUGGCACAUGCAAGAAGUUGUUCUGUUAGUUCUAUAGCAGUUCAAUCCCUGCAGUUAAUGCAGUCAAAUGUAACAACACCAACCCAAGGUUAUCCUGGUAGUGAAGCUGGUUAUGGAACCCAAAGUGAAACAUAUUCUGCUUCCACAGAACUUAGUUCUGGAAGACACAGUAGAGCAAGUAGUUCAAGUUCAAGUGGUUGUAUGUCUGAUGGUGCUCCAUCAAGUUGUGAGAAUGCUUUUGACUCCGAAUUUCCAAUGGGUACAAUAAAGCGCAAGCCUUCAAUGAAACCUAGUCUGCCACUCACUAAUAUAACUCGUCAACUAAAAGAAGUUGGAGAAACACGUGAUGACUCUGAAGGUACUCCUCUGGCUUCCAGUCCUGUGUCAUACACAAAUUCGGGUACCUUAACGAGACGUCAUAGUCGAAGGAAGACCAGUAAUUCAACAGACGAUUCGUCAAGCACAGGCACGCUGAAGAGACAGCACUCAUACAAAUCAAGAGGUUCCUUAGAGUCAAUGGGUGGGAGAAGUGGUACGUCUACACCACUAUGUAGUACGCCUGUGAGAGAACGAGCUUCUCCCUUCAGUGAGAGGCCCCCUAGUGCUGGAUCUGUCAGGACACCUAUUUCGCCCCCUAGUAAUAUGGAUAUGCCUUCGUGUAUGACGGACUCCAUAACUUCACUGCCUCCACCACCAGAGACAAAUGGUGAGGUUAUUGUCAACGAUUCUCCAAACUAUCAGUUGCCACCACCCCCGCCAGAAAUUUACAACUCCAACCUUUCACUGGAUAGUCUUCCCCCUCCUCCAAAUCCCAGCGAUUUACCUCCGAUGACUGGAGCAGAACUCACCGGCAGCCAAUUAUCACUUAUGUCUCUACCACCUCCCCCAGGCGAAAAUGACACAGGAACCAUCAGGAAGCGCAAAGGGAGUGUUACACCAACAAAUGUUUUAAGUCCAGAGAAGACUCCAACAGUUGGCAUGUCACCCGACUUAACCCCAACUCAUUCAAGAUUAAACACCCCCAUAUGUAGUCCACCACUGUCCAAUGUGGGAUCGAACUGUAGCACUCCCACCCAAAAUAAUCCUCCGGUUAGCUUUAGUCCCACACACAGAGUUAACUAUGCUCAAAAUAAUCACAUUUAUGGGUCUGCAGCACAAAAUCACGAUAGAAAUAGUAUGGACCCUGUCAAUAAUACUAAUGGAUUCCCUGCGGCACCUCCAUAUGUCAAUCCCCCACAAUAUAGACAAGCUAGUACACUGCCAGGGUCAUCAGCUUUCAACAAUAACAUGGGACUGAGAUCUUCACUUAGGCAAAGCUCCUUACCUCGUCAAAUAUCUUCUAAUAGUAUAGCAUCUACAAACAGUUCAGGAUCGUCUGGAAAUAGUUCCGUUUAUGGUAACACGGCUUACAUUCCCGAACUGCAAGCAAAAAAUAUGCAAAACUCGCCUGGUUUGCAAAGGAAAGUUAAUUUUCAAGAACCGUCGAGCCCUAAAAAGAGCAAUAAAAAAAUUAGUUUCAACUUAGUACCUCAGGAGGUCCCACCACUGCCAAAAAAACCUCAACCACCUAAGAGAUCGGAAACUACAAAACUGUCAAGUCCUAAAAAACUCGCAGAUCCUCCAUCUGAUUUCCUGAAAGAUUUGCAGAGAGUUAUGAGGAAAAAAUGGCAGGUUGCACAAAAGUGUAAACUGGAGCCCGAUACGACUCCUCACGAAGUUCUAGGAUUCCGAGAUCCACCGACACUUCUACCGGAUUAUAAAGAACAUAACGUCUCAAAUUGGGUGCAGGAACACUAUGGUCCGAAUAAUUUGUACGAAAAUGUCUAUAGGGAUAACCCAGAUGGUGUCGUGGAAUAUGCUACCAGUCCAGUACACACCAGAAGUGAGGUUAGGUCGGGAGAGUUCAAGACAAAGAGGCCUCCACCACCUCCUCCUAAGCGUAGUGAAACCACACAUUUGAGUACCCCUAAGACUCACUGAUGCUGUGUCUCUUAAUAUAGCUUUGAAAAAUAACUUCAUGUCAUAUCAAUUAAAUGUUGCUUCAAAUAUGAAAUAAAUUCAUACUAUGUGGGUUAAAUUAUGUGCUUGGGCAUAAGUUCAUUUAAGAUAUACAGAGUGUCCGAUUUAUGGGUUGCAAGCCAUUAACACAAUAUGUAAAAAAUAAAUUAAGUUCAAAUAUGUUUUUAAUAGACUCUAAGGAGGUGCAUAUUCAGAGAAACUAUAACUUUUUCAGAAUCGCAAAUCACCUUUCCUAUUUUUUUAGGGUGAUUUUUGCAGAAUUGUUUUAAUUUUUUGAGAAUUUUUUAUUCAAAAUCUAAUAGGAUUAAUCUACACCAUCUUAAAAUGCCUCUAUAUAAAAAAUUUUAAGUGUAAUAAUUCUUAUGUUUUUAUGUAUUUAAGUAAUUUCGUACUUUUUUA